UACUGGAUUACAUGGAGCGUCGCUGGUCAUGUGAGGUAGCAUGGUCUACGCUGACCCCGCUUACCAUCCCUGGGUAAGGCAGCUAAGCCUGGCUGUGAACGUGAACACACACAUGCUGCAGUCCAAGCAUCCUUCAAUCUCCUGGAAGGACCUCAAAUGACUUCUCUAUCUCUGCUUGGCUUCCUCUCGUACCUCUUAUAUCUUUCCUUCUUAGUUUUUCACCCUCUCUUCCUCUCCUGACACCUUUUAAUUCUCUUGACUAUUUCCGUCCCCUUAUCUCCUGUUCUUCCUUCCCGUCUUUUCCUGUCUGCCUCCUCCGGGUGUCAGGAGAGCCUUGUUUUCCGCCGCAUGUUUUGCACGAACGACCCAUCCAUGCCCUCACAAAUCCAGCGGUAUACUUUGCUUUUUCUAUCCAGGAGAGUAAGCAAUGACAGCGAGGACAGAAGAAUAGCCCAGCUCAGAGGCAGGAGCAGAAACUUGGUUGUCCUGUCUAGAGGACACAGGAAUGGCCUGGCAACAUGAUUGGCUGUGAGGGUCCGAACAGCUGAGCUGCUUCAAUGGCGUGGACCGAACCGCAGUUGCAUCCGGAUCCACAGCCGCUACCAAAACGGAUACGGUGCAUUCUUCUGCUUUAUUCAUCAUUGCUCCUCUUCAUCUUGAUUGGUUGCCUUGCUGGUCCCUGUGAUGCUGGUCCAGCAGAGCCUGCCCGUCUUCCUCUCCUGUCUGGACAGCCUUUUAUUAUCUUCUGGGGGAUCCCAGACUCUUCCUGUGCCGGGCGCCUAAACCCCACGUCUUUUGGCAUGGAACGGGAGGGUCGGGUAGCCGUCUUUUACGAGGAUUCGCUGGGCAACUACCCGUAUUUUCUGGACAAAAACACACCAAUCAACGGAGGGAUUCCACAGUACACACGACUUGAUGGCCAUGUCCAGAAGACAAAGCUAGACUUGGAGGCGGCUUUGCCUGCCCCCAGGUACCUUGGCCUGGGGGUCCUCCAUUGGGCAGAGUGGGUCCCCCAGUGGUCAAGAAACCAAGAAAAACAAACAAUGUACCUGGAGGCAUCCAGGAAACUGCUCAAUGGUUUCUUUCCUAAAUGGACCCCGGAGGAAGUGGAGAAGUGGUCGCAGGUGGACUUCGAGGCAGCAGCCCAGUCAGUCAUGGUGGAGACUCUGCGGGAGGUUAAAAGGUUGAGGCCCAAGGCAUUGUGGGGUUUCUCUGCUUACCCCAACUGCUAUAACGGCGACCCCGCCCAGACCCAGUUAGCCAAUUACACCGGCCAGUGCCCUCCUGCAGAGAUGGCCCGCAACGAUGAGCUUCUGUGGCUGUGGACGAGAAGCUCCGCACUCUUCCCUCUCCUGACCCUGGAGAAGCGACAGGGCGGGACGGUAGCAGCCAGGUCCUUUUUGUCGAGCCAAAUAAAAGAAGCACUACGAGUAGCGUCUGUGGCAGGAGCAGAGUUUGAUCUACCUGUUUUUCCUCUGGUAAAGAGUGUGUAUGCUUCCACUAAAACGUUCCUAUCACAGGCUGACCUCAUCAACACUAUAGGAGAAAGUGCUGCCAUGGGAACAGCAGGAGUUGUCAUCUGGGAGAGAAGUGAGACGAAAACUGAGAGAGAGUGCCAAGACCUGGCAGCGUUUGUCCGUAAAGUCCUGGGCCCUUACUCUGUCAACGUUACCACAGCAGCCCAGUCCUGUUCGGCCUCCCUUUGCCAGGGGAAGGGUCGUUGUGUUCGUCAAAAUCCAGACAGCUCUGCUUACCUCCAUCUACCAGCUCAACCCAGUGCUGCAGAGAAGGCAACACAAAAGGCAGAGGCAGCAGACGCCACUGAACAGCCAGACGCGGGGACUAAAGCAGCCGAAUUGGACCCAGCUGAGAUCUGGAAAAAAGACUUCCAAUGCCAGUGGUACAAGAACGCAGACGGGGAAAUCUCUGAACGGCAGCCCCCCAAGGACGGCGUGUCUGUUGGAGGAAAAGCCGAAGGAGGCAGCGGAAACACUGGGGAGACCAGAACAGUUUCCACAACAAAAAGUGCCUCUGAGACUAUGUUUAGAGGAAGUGAUUUCGCUGGAAGUCAAACUGCUUUACUGGAAGUACAGACAGACAGUGGUACUGAUCUACUGAGUGCCCCACACCUACAUGUUUUGUUUCUGCUGCUGGGGGCUGGAUUCUUAUACCUGUGACCUUAAAAUAAAAACAUAAUAAAAA